ACUCUUAAGAGUUUGAUAAUUGACAGUUAAAAAAAAGUUUUACUCCGUGGAAGCUCUCAACUAGCCCCAUUGGCUCAUCAGAGCAAUCUCGGAAAUCAACCCAUCCUACCUCGACAAUCACCCCGCCAAGACGCCAAUACUCUCGCGACGACACACCCUAAGUCCCUAACGGCGCCACCCACGCUACGCGACGCGAAUCUGCAGUGCACGGUGCGCCACUUUAUAACAAUACUUCACUAAUCACUACACAAUACACAAUACACAUCAUCAUCAACGAUUUCUAUCUCUAAUCUUUUCCAACAUUCAAAAUUCUUGUUUUUGCAAAAUUCCAUGCUUCAAAAAGCCACAAUCUUGAUCGCUCAACUUCAACAAUGGCGUUGAAAUCGAACCGAAAACAGUUCUCCUUUGAGAUCCUAUCUUCAACCUCUCCAGUCGACUCCGACGCCAUUCUCGAUCGCUCGAACUCCGAUCCUCUCCCGCAUAACAACAAGUCGAAUCGUCGCAGACGCAAAUCGAAGCGGAAGAAAUCAAACCCUAACUCACCAUCACCGCGCGAAAUCAAUACGAUCUUCGAAAAUGGAGCUCAUUUUGAUAUUAUCGGCGAAUUGGAGGAGGAGCCGCCGUCUUCGUCGUCGACGAUUUCGCACAGUUACGCGAGGACGUUCGCGGUUUGUGAGUUGAGAGAAGAGAGUUUGAGCACGGUUUGCUCGGUUUCGCAAGGCGAAUUAAGGCAGAGAAACCUUAGUAGUGGAGGUGGCGGCGGCGGCGGCGGUGGUGGUGGUGAGGAAUCGGUUCCUGUGGUGGAGAAACACGAGGUGGAGGUAAACUCGAGACCCGAUUUUAUUAAUGGUAAAUUGGAUAAUGCUCAGUCUAUGGAUUGGAGGCGCUUUAUGGCAGAAGAUCAUGUUGAUGCUUUUCCUGUGGAGAAUUCACCAUUAAAAUUCUUCAUGGAAGAAAUGUACAAUGGAAACUCUCUUAGAAGCACAACAACUAUAGGAAAUGAGAAAGAAAGAGAGAGAGUUUACGAUACUAUCUUCCGCUUGCCAUGGAGGUGUGAACUGCUUAUUGACGUGGGCUUUUUCGUUUGUUUAAAUUCCUUUUUAUCGUUGCUGACGAUCAUACCUCUGAGAGCUCUGGUGACUUUAUGGAGAUUUCUUACUAAAAGGCAGACCAAAAUGCCUUCUGCAGCUGACCUGUCAGAUUUUGGUUGUCUUCUUGUACUAGUUGGAGGAAUUACUCUAUUGGGGCGGACAGAUAUCAGCCUUAUAUACCAUAUGAUCCGCGGUCAAGGAAUUAUCAAGCUUUAUGUUGUCUAUAAUGUUUUAGAGAUCUUUGAUAAAUUAUGGCAAAGUUUUGGAGCUGAUGUGUUUCAAACACUAUUUAAUUCUGCUGAGGGGCUUGCAUGUUCUUCUCCAGAGUUGUCAAGAUAUUGGCUUGAAAGAUACAUCAUUGAUUUAUUGCUGGCUGCAGCUGCUUCAAUUGUUCAUUCUUUUAUAUUAUUAGCGCAGGCCAUUACCUUGUCCACCUGUAUAGUGGCUCAUAAUAAUGCUUUACUUGCUCUGCUGGUCUCAAAUAAUUUUGCAGAGAUAAAAAGCAAUGUGUUCAAGAGAUUUAGUAAAGAUAAUGUUCAUAACAUUGUAUAUUCUGAUUCAAUUGAGAGAUUCCAUAUUACAGCAUAUGUCAUAUUUGUUUUGGCACAAAAUAUUCAGGAAGCUGAGGGCCCUUGGUUUGGAAAUUUUCUUUCCAAUGCUCUCUUGGUUUAUUUCUCUGAAAUGGCAAUUGAUGUCAUCAAGCAUUCAUUCAUUGCGAAAUUCAAUGACAUAAAGCCCAUUGUGUACUCCGAGUUUCUUGAAGAUCUUUGCAGACAGACUCUGAAUGUUCAGACUGAUGGUGCAAAAAAGACUCUAACUUUCGUCCCCUUGGCUCCAGCUUGUGUGGUCAUAAGGGUUCUCACCCCUGUAUAUGCUGCUCGUCUUCCCUGCAGUCCUCUGCCUUGGAGAUUUUUCUGGAUAAUUUGUUUGACAAUGUUAACCUAUGUCAUGCUCGUGAGCCUGAAGGUGAUGAUAGGGAUGGGGCUCCAAAAGCAUGCAGCUUGGUACAUUAAAAGGUGUCAAAAGAGGAAACUUCACUCUGACUAACUGUACAUUGUUAAAAGAACUGAUUGGUUGUUGAUGGAAAGUUAGUAGUCAGCACAGCAAGUGUCCAAUGUUUCAGAUAAGAUCGACACAGAAUGUGGGGCAUAUUAUUGCAGAAUGAGUUAUAUUCUGUUUUAAAUUACUUGUGAACCUUGAUGAAGGAUGGCCCAAGACAACGUCCGCUCCUUUAUAACUGCAGAGUUCGAGAACUGCUCUUGCCUCAAACAGCAAUGUGUAUAUAUAGUGGAACGAGACACAAGUUGGUCAUUCAUAACAAUGCAUUUAUGGUGUGAAGGACAUGGAUUUAGGGGUGUGCAAAUUCGAAUCGGGACCAAAAAUCGGAUUAGAACCCGAGCGGAUUGGAAAUUCCAGUCCGGUCCUCGGGUCAUGAAAAUCACAGAUUCCGGCUCGAUCCCGUUCGGUUCGGUCCAAACCUGGAAAUUCCAUUUCAGACUGACAAUCCAGUUUUUUUGAAAAAAAUUAAUGUUUUGACCAAUAUAUAUGUAAGAAACUUAUUUAUGUAUACUUUUUUUGUUAAAAACAUUUAAUUUCAAUAUGUUUCAUACAAUAUUGAAUUUUACAAUGUGUUUAUAUUAUGUAAUAUGUAUAUGUAUACAAUUCAAUCUAAAUAAAAAAAGUUAGAAAAAUUA